AUGACUGACGACUACGGAAGUAUGGAGGACAAUGCUGGUGAUAUGAAUACCAAAUUUGGGCUGCGAUUGCGUGGGCGCAAAGGAGCUUUGAAAAAGAAGAACGUCUACAACGUCAAGGAUCACAAAUUUAUACCGAGAUUCUUUAAGCAACCGACUUUCUGUAGCCACUGCAAGGACUUCAUAUGGGGUUUUGGAAAACAAGGAUUUCAAUGUCAAGUAUGCAGUUUUGUUGUGCACAAACGAUGUCACGAAUUUGUUUCCUUUACUUGCCCCGGAGCUGACAAGGGACCUGAUUCUGAUUCUUCCAGGACCAAACACAGGUUCAAAGUGCAUACCUACGCUAGUCCGGCAUUUUGCGACCAUUGUGGCUCAUUAUUGUACGGUAUCCUACAUCAGGGAAUGAAAUGUGAAGCAUGUGAUAUGAAUGUACAUAAGCGGUGCCAGGAGAGUGUUCCCAACUUAUGCGGUUGCGAUCAUACUGAACGACGUGGACGAAUAGAAGUGAAAGUCACGUGCCACGGAACAAAACUUAUCAUAGAAAUUCGCCAAGGAAAAAAUCUCAUUCCAAUGGAUCCUAACGGGUCAUCAGACCCCUAUGUGAAGUUGAAACUUAUACCAGAUACAGACAACAUAAAGAAGAAAACCAAGACAAUCAAAUCGUCGUUAAAUCCCGUAUGGAAUGAGACAAUUACGUUGUGA